GAUGACGUUGCGGGGGCCUGGCCGGGCGUCGCGGACUCGGGAGAUGGAGGAAAAGGAGCAGCUGCGGCGGCAGAUCCGCCUCCUACAGGGUCUAAUCGAUGACUACAAAAACCUCCAUGGCAAUGCCUCUGCCCCAGGCACCUCAUCUGCUUCCCAGUGGCAGCCACCCUCUUACCACAGUGGCAGGGCCUUUGCUGCCCGCUACCCUCGUCCAAGCCGAAGGGGCUUCUCAUCACACCAUGGACCUGCAUGGCGUAAGAAAUACUCCCUUGUGAACCGGCCCUCGGGAUCCUCAGAACCAGCUGGUGACCAUGCUGUGCAAGCACCCCUCAAGGACGAAGGCAGCCAGGACCCUGACCCUCAGCCGUAUAUUCUUGAGAGACAGGUCCAGCUCAGUCCAGAUCAGAACAUGGUCAUCAAAAUCAAACCACCAUCGAAGUCUGGCUCCAUAAGUACUUUAGGACCCCAGAGGAGCUCUUUGGAAGACUAUGAGGACAUGCCCUGGAGUGACCAAAGACCCCAGGAAGGCGAGGGUGAGCCUCCUGUUGGGAAGCUGCAGCCCUUGAGGCCAGGAAGAGGCAGGGGGAGCUAUAGUGCUAAGGAUCCCCUUUUGGUUUGCCAGAAGGAGCCUGGCAAGCCACGGGUUGUGAAGUCUGUGGGCAGUGUGAAUGAUGGCCCUGCGGAGCCCCGGCGGACAGUCAGUGAGAGCGCAGUUGUCGUCCAGGCCUGCUUGCAGUCCUCCACCUUACCCCCACGUACUGGGAUGGCCCUGGGUCGGAAGGUGGGCCCUCAUUCUGCAGCCAGUUGUGCUGUGCAGCCCCUUAGGGAUGAAAGAGUGAAUGCUGGUCAUCCGGAUCAGCCAGCUCCCUUGGGCUCAGUGGUGGCCCCAGCCAGAUCAGUCUCAGGGCCCAGGCAGGCCCGGGAAACCUCACUGCUAGUGUCUUGUCGAACCAACAAGUUUCGGAAAAGCAAUUACAAAUGGGUGGCCUCCUCUGCAAAGAGCCCCCGGGCCACUCGGAGGUCUCUCAGUCCCAGAGCAGCUACAGAGAAUGUGAGCAGGGCCUCCUUUGGCACAUCUGGAAAGACAGAGAAGCCACAGCCCAGAGCUGACCCAGAGGCCAGGCCCAGAAGGCUGGCCAUGAACUCCAAGACCGGGCCCUCUCCCAGCAAGUACAAGUGGAAGGCAUCCAGCCCCUCUGCUUCCUCUUCUUCCUCCUUCCGUUGGCAGUCAGAGGCUGGCAGCAAGGAUCAUGCUUCUCAACUUUCCCCAGUUCCAUCUAGGUCUCCACCAGGAGACAGGCCAUCAGUGGGACCUGGCAGCUUGAAGCCCCUCUUUGGGGAGACACCACUGUCAGCUUACAAAGUAAAGAGCCGCACCAAGAUUGUCCGGAGGCGGGGCAGUACCAGCCUUCCUGGGGACAAGAAGAAUGGCCCCUCACCUGCCACUACCAAGAGCCACCUUAACCUGCGGCGGAGACAGGUCCUUCGGGGGAAGAACAACCCUGUUCUGAAGAGGACUCCCAAUAAGGGCCUGGUGCAGGUCACUAGGCAUCGGCUGUGCCAUCUGCCACCAAGCCGGGCCCACCUCCCCUCCAAGGAAGUGGCUGGCAUGCACACCUUGCGGACUCCACCCGCCAGUAAGGUGAUCAAGACUCGCUACCGCAUCGUCAAGAAGACGCCAGCUUCUCCUCUCAGUGCCCCACCCUUCACCCUGUCUUCACCCUCCUGGCGAGCCAGGCGGCUCUCACUAUCCAGGUCCCUGGUGCUGAACCGCCUGCGUCCUACUGUGACCGGGGGCGGGAAAGCCCCACCUGGGUCCCCUCGGUGGGGCAAAGGCUACCGCUGCAUUGGAGGAGUGAUGUACAAGGUGUCUGCCAACAAGCUGUCUAAGACCUCCAGCCGGCCAGGCCGAAUGGAUCCUACCAGCAGCUGUAGCCGCUCCCAUGCCAGCCGAGCGAUCCAGCGCAGCUUGGCCAUCAUCCGCCAGGCGAGGCAGAAGAGAGAGAAGAGGAAGGAGUACUGCAUGUACUACAACCGUUUUGGCAGGUGCAACCAUGGCGAGCGCUGCCCCUACAUCCACGACCCUGAGAAGGUGGCCGUGUGCACCAGGUUUGUCCGGGGAACCUGCAAGAAGACAGAUGGGACCUGUCCCUUUUCCCACCAUGUGUCCAAAGAGAAGAUGCCUGUGUGCUCCUACUUUCUGAAGGGGAUCUGCAGCAACAGUGACUGCCCCUAUAGCCACGUUUACGUGUCUCGGAAGGCCGAGGUCUGCAGCGACUUCCUCAAAGGUUACUGCCCGCUGGGUGCCAAGUGCAAGAAGAAGCACACACUGCUGUGCCCAGACUUUGCCCGUAGGGGUGCAUGUCCCCGGGGCACCCAGUGCCAGCUGCUCCAUCGUAACCAGAAGCGCCACGGCCGGCGGGCAGCUACGCCCCCCACCCCAGGGCCCAGCGAAACAACUCUCAGGAGCAGAAUGUCAGCUGGCCACGGACCCAGGAAGCCCUCGGCUACCCAGCGCCCCACCAGACAGACGCCCAGCUCCCCCACCUCCAGGGCUGCAGUCCCACCCUCCCCCUCCCCCUCCCCCUCCCCCUCCCCACAGGCUUUGGCCUCAGCCUGGCCCUUGUCAUCAAAGGCUGCCUCCUCCUCCCCCUCCACCCCCUCCGCCCCCUCCUCUCCACCCCCUACUUUGGACCAGGAGGAGCCAUCUCUCCAAGAGAGAGCCACCUCAUCCAGGACUGGCUCGGGUAGCCUCUGCAAGCUGCCGUCCUUCAUCUCCCUGCAGUCCUCGCCAAGCCCAGGAGGCCAUACCGGGGUCCGGGCUCCAAGAGGCCCCCUCACCAAGGACUCAGGGAAGCCACUACACAUCAAACCGCGUCUGUGAGGACCCCAGGGACCAGCCCACACCUACCUCAGACCUUCACCCCUGGAGAGGAUAGAGGCUCUGUCCAUCACUCUGCCCCCGCAGAGGAGCCACCUGCCACCAAGUCCCCCAGGGACCGCAGGGGCGCCACUCUGCCUGCCUGGCUCUCUGCCUUCUGCAGCCUGUGCCCCCAGGCCUUGUCUUCCUCCUUGGGGCCAGCCCUGUGCCGCAGACAACCUGCCCUACCCUCCCUGCCCCUGGGCCUCAGUCCCGCACCCAGGACUUGCCCCCCACCCCCUGCCCCUUGGGGUGCUGUGUGGGCUUUACCCCCAGGCCUGUACCUCCCUGUGGGUAGGGCAGCAGCCCUGCGAUGUAUGUCCCUUGCCCUUCCCACCCGGGACCCCUGCCAGGGGAAGAGGCCAUUGGCCAGGCCCCCCAGCAGGCAUUUUAUGUUCAGCAAUAAAGGUUCUGUCCUGUG